UCAAGUGGAAGAGGCGGUGUGCUCUCUCCUAGCAAGUCUUGAGUUCGAGUGCAACAAAUGGAUGCGACUCUUGUCGUUGAAGGCGUGGUGGACUCCAUCUGUUUUGGACGGCUGCUAUCCGAGUCAGGCGAGAUCAAACCCUAGUUUACAGGCGAAGAAGAGUGGGGAUCUUUUCUAACCUCCAGAGUUGGUGCCGCUCAUGAAGGUCCAAAGGAUCGGCUUGAGAAUGAAGUUUCUGGUUAUUAAAAUAAAAAAAGAAAAAAAAAAAAGAAAAAGAAAACAAGGGUUUGAAAAAAAAAAAAACAGAGCAGCGUCGCCGUCACAUGUGGCAAUAACAGAUUUGCCAUGGCCGUUCCUUUUCACCCUUUUCCUUUUUCGUCAUCUUCCGACUCUUGACUUUCUUCUUAUGCUGGCAAGAUCCUCCGAGCAUGAAAGAAGAAUUUGGAAGUAAUCGGAGCAGAGUAAUCAUGGAAGACGAAGUCGAUUCCUUCUUGCCCGGAAACAAGCCAUCUGAAGGCGAACUGCAGAGCUUCAAGAGGGGUCUCCGAUGGAUGUGCCUGGAUCAAUCCACGCUCUGGAGGGUAGUUUUCUCGUGGUCGGUGUUCUUACUCCUGGUAAUCGGCGAUCCCCUCGUGACCCAUUUCUUCUACGUCUGCUCCGGCUGCGACGAAGAGCACCGCCGCCCGUACGACUUAGUCGUGCAGCUCUCGCUCUCCACAAUCGCCACUCUCUCCUUCCUCUGCCUCUCUGGGUUUGCCAGGAAGUAUGGGAUUCGGAGGUUUCUGUUCCUCGAUAAGCUGCGCGAGGAGAGCGCGAAGGUUCGAGAGGGCUAUACGGAACAGCUUCGCAGAGCAAUGAAGCCCCUGUCCUUUUGCGUUCUCCCCUGCUUUGCUGCUGUCUGUGCAUACAAAAUAUGGUGGUACAGCUCAGGAGGCUCCCAAAUAUCCUACUGGGGUAAUAUCUACAUCAGCGACAUAAUUGCUUGCACAUUGCAGCUGUGUUCAUGGCUUUAUCGAACAUCAAUUUUCUUCUUCGUGUGCGUUCUCUUUCGACUGAUCUGCUUUCUGCAGAUACUCAGGCUGGAAGACUUUGCUCAGGUCUUCCAAAAGGAAUCUGAUGUUGGGUCAAUCUUGAAAGAACACUUGAGGAUCAGAAGAAAUCUCCGCAUCAUAAGCCACCGGUUUCGACUAUUUAUUUUGCUGACUCUUGUGUUCGUCUCGGUGAGUCAGCUUGCUUCCUUGCUCAUUGUAACUAGGUCCAGUGCUAAAGUUAAUAUCUACAAGGCUGGAGAACUUGCGUUAUGCUCCAUCACCUUGGUGACUGGGCUCUUCAUUUGUCUGCGUAGCGCAACAAAAAUCACACACAAGGCACAAGCAGUCACGAGCCUCGCUGCCAAGUGGCAUGUCUGUGCCACAAUAAACUCUUUUGACAGCACAAAUGGAGAAACUCCGACCACUGAUAUUGCUUUCUCCCAAGUAUUCCCUGUUGAUGCCUGGUCCGAUGACGAAGAAGGAGAUGGAGAUGAUGAUCUGGACAAUACCAAGGUAGUACCAAUUUAUGCACAUACUAUCUCCUUCCAGAAGAGGCAAGCUCUGGUGACAUAUUUAGAGAACAACAGAGCAGGAAUUACAGUGUUUGGAUUCAUGCUGGACAGAACAUGGCUUCAUACCAUUUUUGGGAUUCAGAUGUCCCUUGUGCUUUGGUUGCUCAGCAAGACAGUUGGUCCGUCCGUGCGUCGGUCCUAGUAGAUAAAGGGACUGGGGAGGUUAUUUUGGUUAGCUUACGUAAGCAUCUAAAUUUUGUACUAAACUUGAUGAAAGUCCUUUUUGGAGGGUUGUAAUAUGACGAUUACUCUAAGUCCGAAUGUAUGUAAAUUAUGGAUGUAUUAGUGAACUUUGGUAUAAGGCUAGUAGUAAUCCCAAUGGAUAUUUAUGUUUUUCCGCGACA